AUGCACAGCGAUCUCCGUCACCAGUUCAAUGAGAUGGAAACGAAGUGCAGAUCCGUCAACGAAACCAAGGCUCAAAUCUGUGAAUUUUUGACCAGCAGAAGAGAGCAAACGUGUUCCAAGGAAUGGGUCACAAAUAAUGACAGGUGUUAUUACGUCUCGACGUUUGAAGCUUCUUUCCCCAGAGCAAUGCAAGAAUGUUCAAACCGUGAUUCAAGGCUGCUCGAAAUCAAUUCAAGUGAUGAAACGAGCCUUGUAUCCCACAAACUUUUGUACCGAAACCUUGCACACUGGAUUGGAAAAUGCGAAAACGGGACUGUUGGCUUGGCCCUCCUGUACAAUGUGUCCCCUGGGACGUCCGUCUGCAGAGACUGCGGACCACGCGUAGGAAGUUACCCUUGUGAUAGUGAUCGGCGUUUCAUCUGCGAGAAGUCGGCACCUUUGCUACCGGAUAUUCCUGAAGAGAUCCAGGGUCUCUGUCAACAGCCAGUGGAGUCGACAUAUCGGGGAUUCCACUGCCGAUCUGCACAGACUGAGGUUUCCCGAUGAGGAGGACAGC